AUGUCUACUGAUAGCAAAUUUGUUACCGUUGGGAAUUUGAAAGUCCGAGUCAUCAAGGGGGACAUAAAAGACCAAAAGGUUGACGUCAUUGUAAACAGCAGUAGACCUGACCUUGACCUGAGUAAAGGCCGAGCAUCUAAUGCUUUGUUAUCGGCUGCUGGUGAAGAAAUUCAGACGGAGAUUCAGCAAAAUUACACCCACGGCAUACAAGACGGGGAAAUAGCAAUCACAUCCGGGGGACAGUUGUCAUGUGAGGCCAUUUACCAUGGGGCCCUGUCAAAAUAUUCCUCAACACAAGAUGAAAAGAUUCUUGAAAAACUUAUCCAAACCUGUUUGGAUCAGGCGAAUACAGAUGGAUACGAGACGAUGGCGAUUCCUGCCCUUGGGACUGGUUUUCUUUCUUUUCCAGUGCCCGCUGUGGCUCGGAUCAUGUUCGACUGCAUACAAAACUUUACACCCCAGUCCUUAAGUGAGGUUCGGAUCGUUAUAUUUCCAACAGAAAAAGACAUUUUCAAGGUAUUUUUGACGGAAGCGAAGAAGUUUCUUCACAAAGGUCAAGGAAAUCAAACAAAGGCAAAGUCCCACAGUCAUAAAAUAGGGAAAAUGACUGUUGAAGUAGUGGUGGACACACUAAGUUCUAUUCAUGCAGAUGUUUUAGUAUGCAGUGGACCAAAAGACUUACAGCUAAGUAAUGGUGGCUUAUCACAAUCGCUUCUAGAAGUGGCUGGAGAAGAAAUGCAAGAAGAACUCGACAGCAGUUUUCCAAAUGGCAUCGACUUUGGCGAAUGUGCUGUGAGCGAAGGUUAUAAUCUGAAUUGCAAGUAUGUUUAUCAUGGUGCCUUACCAAAAUGGGGAACCAACACACCAGAUCCUUCUUAUAUUCUAAAGAAAUUCAUGUCUGAGUGUUUAGAGGAAGCAAACAAACAUUCAACGAAGUCAAUAGCGUUUCCGACCCUUGGUCUUGGAGCACUACAUUUUCCUGUGGACCAGACAGCUAAGCUCAUGGUGCAGUGUCUCCGUGACUUUAAUAUGAAGCAUCGUCAAAUAAGCAUAACUAUUGACAAAGUCAUUAUUGUUGUGUAUAAUAAAGACAAAGACUGGUCACUACUACAAUCUAAAAUGCUAAAGGAACUGAAAGGCCAGAUGUUUGCUGCAACUGUUUCGAAGACGGUAUACACUGGUAAAAUUGACAGAAUUUCAGUGAAUGUCAAAGUUGGAAAUCUUACGGAAGAAAAGGUGGACGUUCUUGUAAAUAGUGUCACUCCAGAUUUAGGAAUGACAGCGGGAACUGCUGCGGCCCUAGCCACAGCAGCCGGUGUCGGAAUGACUAACGAACUUACCCAGAAUUACCCAAAGGGAAUUCAGCAUGGCGACAUUGCUGUUACUACCGGCCAUGAGAUGACGUCCGUCAAAGAAAUAUAUCAUGGUGCUCUUCUGCCGUGGUAUUCAAAACGGUCAGGAUCGACAAAACCCCCUGCUGAGAUUUUGGAGGAAUUUGUCUUGAAUUGUCUAAAGAAAGCAAACUCUUCUGGCCACAAAUCGAUAUCUUUUCCUGCCCUCGGAACCGGAUAUCAUAAAUUUCCAGCAGAUAUUGCAGCUUCCAGUAUGGUUUUAGCGUUUGAGAAAUUUUGUAAAACAACACCGAAUAAAACUAUUUCCGAAAUUCAAGUAGUAUUAUUUGGAGGUUCUAGUGAUCUUCAAUAUUUGGAAAAGGCUUUCCAGAGUGAAUUGAGUCAUAUGACAAAUGAAUUGUCUAAAGAUUCUGGAGCAAAUGGAGGAAAGGCACACAAAACUCACCACAGACACAUCCAAAGACGAGGCCCGAAAGUGAUUCCACAACGUGGAACAAAGAAUUAUCUGAUCUGGAAAUACCAAGAGGAAGGAUGCACUCCAUCGUACUGGACAAAAUUCACAAACAAGAAGAAACUCAAAGAAUGGAAUUUAGCUGUGAAGUCUGGAGCAUCACAUUUGGAAAAUGUAGAUCAAAAUACGUUUCAAAGCAUAGAAAAAGCUUUCAAAAGUACAUUAAGUAAUGCACAAAUAGUCAGUAUUCAACGAAUCGAAAAUGUGGAACUUUUCUUGAAAUACUCAGAUGAAUGUCAAAGACUAUUUCGAAAAGCAAUAGCUGAAGGAGAAUUUGUUCCAUUGGACAAGGUCAGUGGUUCCAGGGGCCCGGUUAAGACAAUGGGUCAUCUGGACACAGCAAUGACCAAACACACACAUCACGAAAUCAACGAGUAUUACUUCUUUCAUGGAACAAAGCCGGACUAUGUUGCAGUAAUCACUGGUCAAGGACUGGACAACCGAUUAGCUUAUACAGGAGGAUUACUUGGAACGGGUGUUUAUGGUGCAGAAGAUUCAGCAAAAUCCGACGGAUACACAGGAGCUGAUAUAAAUGGAUGUCGUCCAAUGUUUCUGAUGAGAAUGUGUCUUGGUGAUAUUUACAUGACAACUCAAAAGGGGGGUUUCAAGAGACCCCCUUGUAAAAAAUGCGGUCGUAUGGUAUGUACCAGUCACCAGGAAAUAUACGACAGUGUGGUGGCAAGCUUCUCUUAUCGCGAGUUUGUUGUAUAUGACAGAUGCCAAUCAUACCCAGAAUAUCUCAUAUGGUAUAAAAUAAUGGCUACAGAUGGCGGUAACAGGUUCGUUACAGUGGGGAAUCUUAGAGUGCGUGUUAUUAAAGGAAACCUUUCUGACCAACAGGUUGAUGUUAUCGUGAAUAGCAAUGGCUCUGACCUUGACUUGAGUAAAGGUCGUGCCUCCAAGGCUUUGUUAAGUGCUGCUGGUUUCGGAAUUCAGGUGGAAUGUCAACAGAAUUAUCCUAAUGGGAUACAGGACGGAGAAAUUGCAAUUACCUCUGGGGGACAGCUUUCCUGCCAGGCGAUUUACCAUGGGGCGCUGUCAAAGUAUUCUUCAACACAAGAUGAACAGACACUUCAAAAUCUUAUCGAUGCCUCACUGAAACAAGCAGAAUCAGAUGGUCAUCAGACGAUCGCUUUUCCCGCGCUUGGUGCCGGGAGGCUUGGAUAUCCUGCCACUAGUGUUGCAGAAAUCCUGUUAACUUGUAUAAAUAAUAUUACACCACAAUCACUCCAAGAAGUCCUCAUUGUGAUCUUCAAGAAGGAUAACGAUCUUUUCAAGGCAGACGUGUUAGUGUGUAGUGGACCAAAAGACUUGCAACUCAGUAAUGGAGGAUUGUCUGAAGCUUUGUUGAGAGUUGCUGGACGAGAAAUGCAAGAUGAAUUAAACCAGAAUUAUUCAAAUGGCGUUGAAUAUGGAGACAUUGCAGUCAGUGGAGGUCAUCGACUUCAAUGCAAAUUUGUGUACCACGGGGCUCUGCCAAAAUGGGGGACCAGUCAACCUGAUCCAUCAUCAACGUUGGAGAAAUUCAUGGAGAAGUGUCUGGAAACAGCAAAUAAUCAUUCUACAAGAUCCAUUGCUUUUCCCACGCUCGGAGUUGGGUCUUUACAUUAUCCUAGUGAUCAAACAGCAAAAUUGAUGGUUAAAACAAUACGAGACUUUAGUACAAAACAUUCUCGUAUGAAUAUCAGGAAAAUUAUCAUUGUAGUGUAUAGUGGAAGCAAUGACUGGUCCACUGUUCAGAAUGAGUUUAUGAAAGAAUUAAAAGGAGGUUCAUCGGGAGCCACUUUUGUUCCAGGGACUUCAGGUUUGUGUAACAUGACCACAAGUACUGUGUCCCGACAGUCAUAUUCUGGUCAGGUUGGGGGUAUUCCUGUCAUUGUUUUGGUUGGGAGUCUUGUUGAACAAAAGGUGAACCUCAUAAUCGUUGCUAAUGAUCUUGGAAUGACGUCAGGAACAUCUGGGGCAAUAGGCACAGCAGCUGGGCCCGGUCUAUCUCAAGAACUGGCUCAAAAUUAUCCCCAAGGAAUUAAUCAUGGCGACAUUGCUUUGUUGGAGGACUUUGUCUUGGGUUGUCUGGAGAAAGCAAAUAAAAGUGGUUACACGUCUAUAGCCCUUCCUGCCCUUGGGACUGGAUUUCAUAAAUUUCCUGCAGAUGUGGCGGCCGCUAACAUAGUAUCGUCAAUAGAAAAGUUUUCUAAGCAACGCCAGCAACAGAGUAUCUCAGAUAUACGAGUUGUACUGUAUGGGGGGAGUAGUGAUUUACCUAAACUAGAAAUGGCGUUCAAAGACGAAAUAAAUCAGGCUAAUUCCUCAGGUAAAAGUUCCCCUGUCCCUUCAGCCCCAAACAGACCAAGGAACGUACAAUCUAUUCCACAACGAGGCACAAAAGCUUACCUUGAUUAUAAAUAUCGAGAAGCGCUCAGAACACCACCCUACUGGACCAAAUAUACCUCCGACAAAAAACUUAAGGGGUGGAAUUUGCAGGUAAAAUCGGGGAAGUUCCAUUUGGAAAAUAUUGACCAGGUAACUCACAGAUCCAUUGGAAAUGCGCUAAAAAGGACUUUAGGAAAUGCACAAAUUGUUAGUAUUCAGAGACUAGAAAAUGUCGAGUUGUUUCUUAAGUAUGGAGAAGAAUGCCAGAGGCUAUUCCGAAAAGCAAGCGUAGAGGGAAAUUUUACGACAUUGGAUAAAAUUCCACAGUCACGUGGGCCUGUAAAAGUAAUGGGUUCAUUGGAUCCCUCCAUGACGAAACAUACUCACUCCGAAAUUAACGAGUAUUAUUUUUUUCAUGCUACGAAGUCUCAAUAUGUUGACGUCAUUUGCAGUCAAGGGUUGGACAGUCGGCUUGCAGCGAGUGGAAGACUCGGAGCGGGAGUGUAUGGUGCUGAGGUAGCCUCUAAGUCACAUCAAUAUGCAGGAUGUGACAACCAAAACCGUUAUCCAAUGUUUUUGGUUAGAAUGAGUCUUGGUGACAUUUAUCUGACCAAUUCUGGUGGAAAUUAUAAGAGGCCACCAUGCAAAAUAUGUACAAACCCUGUAUGUGUGACUCAUCAGGAAAUUCAUGACAGUGUAGUGGCGAAUGGUGGAGCCUUUUCGGAUCGAGAGUUUGUUGUUUAUGAUAGGAAUCAGUCCUAUCCUGAAUAUCUAAUUUGGUACAAUUGUUAGAAUAGACUUCUGUAUAUUAAAAAUGAGAUUUCCU